AUGAAAAACGCAUAUAUAACAAUAGUCAUUGUGAGUUUGAUCACUUUUGCAAGUUCAAGUAAAUGCUAUAAAAUAUUUAGAGCUAACACUCCAACAAGCAGUCAGUUUGAAUAUGCAAAAUUUGAGAUGUCUAGACCUAGAUGACAUAAACAUAAUGAUCUCUGAUACAAUUUAGUGGAAAGAAGCUAUUGAAUUAAAUAGUUAAUUGGGAGAUGAUUUAAAUGGAUUGUUAGAGGUGGAGAAAAUUGUUAAAAAUUCAAAACAAUAGUUAUUGCAUUAAUAAUCAUUAAUGGAAAUUGAAAUGCCUGUUAAAUAAGAUUUCUAAGCUAAAUUUGAGAUAGAUCUUGUAAAGAUAAUGUAGUUAAUGUAAUAAAUGAAUCAAAAGCAAUCUAAAUAAGAGAAAUUAGAUCUCUUAACUGAAAUUGAUGUUUGCAUUUAAGCAACAAAAUAAAAAAUGUAAUCAAUAUUAUCUCAGUCAUCAAAAGCUACUAAUUAUGAUGUAGAGUAACUAAUCUCUAAUUUAAAAUAAUUAUUGUAUAUAAAGCAAUAAUGUUAAAAUAAAUAGCAAGAAAGCUAAAAAAAAAUUGAAAGAAAUAAUAAGCAUUAUUAACCAUAAAGUUAUGAUGAAUAUGAUUUAAAUGAUUAUGAUGAUCCUAUUUAAUAAGUUUUAUAUGAUAGUAGUGAUUAUGACUAUGAUUAUAGUAAUUAUUAUGAUUAUGAUGAUGAUUAUGAUUAUAGUAGAUUACAAAAGAGUAAAUAUAAGAAAUAAGUUAAUUAAAGAACUAGAAAGAAUUCCAAAUAAUUUAGAUAACCUAAAUAACCUAAAAUAAAAAGAUAACUUAAAAAGAAAAGAGAUUAAGAAUUUGAUCAACCUUAAAUUUAAAAAUAAUAAUCAUAUAAUGAUGAUGAUGUAUAAGAAUAGUAGGAUUAAGAUUAUUCAAAAUCAGAUUAACAAUAUUAAGAUUCACCUUAUUAAAUUAAUGAAGUAGAAGAAGAUGAUAAUAAUUAUAUUUAGGACGAGGAUUAAAUUUAAGACUCUAAUGAUUAUUAUGUUGUAACUGAUUCAAAACCUUAUGAUGCUCUUGAUCCUGACAAUUAGUAUAAUAUUAUAUAAGAUUCACAUAUUGUGGUGAAUGAUUAAGAAAUUUAAAAUUAGAAUAAAAAUAAUGAUUAAGAUUUAGUAAAUAAGGAGAAGGAUAAUAAUUUAGAUAAUAAUGAUUAAAUUUAAAAUGAGAAUAACUAUCAAGAUACUGAUAUGUAAGAUGAUUAAGAAUUUUAAGAUUUUUAGGAUAUUUUAGAGGAUGUUUUGGAAGAAUAAGCCUAUGUAUAAUAACAUGAUUAAGAUUAAUAUGAAGAGGAAACUAUUUAACCAGUCUAGAAUUAAAAAUAAUAAAGGUUUAUUAAUUUAAAUAAUGAUGAAUAUGAUUAUUAAUAGGAUGAUGAUUAUUAAGUUUAACAGGAAAAUCUAUCGAAAAAUGUAGAAACAAAUGAUGAAGAAGAUAAUAUCAUUUAUGAAUAAGAUAAUAUCGAUAAUUAAAAACAAGAAGAUGAUUAAAUUAAUUAAGUUAUAACAGAUGAAGUUAGGUUAGAUGAUGUUGAAUAAUAAGAAAAUUAAGAAAUAAAAAAUGGUAUAGAAGUUGAAUAAUAAUAAUCUUAAAAUUAGAGUGAUGAAGAAGUCUAAGAUUUAUAAAGUGAUUAAUCAAAUGAAAUAAACAAUAUACAAGAGGUAUAACCUAAAUCUAAAACGUAAUCUAUUCCUAUGUAAAAUGGAGAUAUUGAAAAUGAUGAAGAUUUUAAAGCAAUACCAGACUCAUUAAAACAGUCUACUUAAAUUCAGGCAUAAGCAGAAGAAUUUAAUUUAACUGAAUAAAUAUUAAUACCAGAAUAGUAAUAAUCAUAAUAAUAGAAAUAAUAAUUACCAGAAUAAUAAACAACUUAAUAAUAGUCUAUUAAUAAUUAGUAGUAACAAUAAAAUACUCAGUAAAAUUCUCAAUAAAAUAUUUCAUAACAGUAAAGUUAAUCAAUUAACAAUUAAUAACCUUAGACUAUAUAGUAAUCAAAUUCAGAUUCAAAUAAUUAAUAAACUUAAUAAUAAGAAAUAUAAUAAGUUAAUUAAUAGAUUUAAUCAUAAAUUUAACAAGUUAAUUCUUAAUAGAAUCCCUAAUAAAAGAACUAAAAUUAAUAAGAAGAAUUAUAAGAAGUAUAAUAAAAAACUUCUGAUUAAAAUUAAAAUUAAACUUAAUCAAAAUCAUCAUUAUAAGAAUAAAUUGAAUAGCAAUAAUAAUAAUAAUAACAAGAGUAAUAACAAUAAUAACAAGAAUAAUAAUAAUAACAACAAGAGUAAUAAUAAUAAUAACAACAAGAGUAAUAAUAAUAAUAACAACAAGAGUAAUAAUAAUAAUAACCUAUACCUUUAUAGUAAUAAUAAAAUGAAUAAAAAAAUCCAUAACAAUCAUCAGAAUAACAAAUAAUUGUACUUGAUAGAAAUAAUGAAAGUGAAAAUAAAAAGUAAGAUUAAACAUAAUAAUAACAACAACCUCCUAUAGGUAUAGACAUAAAUUAACUUGAUGGUCAAAAAGAGGUAGAAUAAAAGUCAUUAUUACCAACUGAAUUAAUAAGAGAUAACUAAGCUUAAGUGCCAACAAAAGGAGUUGAUGAGAAUCCUGAUUAAUUAAUAGAUCCAGUAAAAUUUAUUCCAUUUAAACAUAAACCACUACAAAGCACUGCAAAUAUUUUAGUGAGAUAAUCGAAAUUUUAUGAUUCAACGGUAGAAGGGAAAGCAUCUUAUGAGAUUGAAUUUUCGAAUAGGGAAUUAUAAGAUUCUGAAGAAUAUGGAUAUGGAUAUUGGUUGAAGUAUUAAAGUAGUCUUGAAUAUAAGAUGUAGAAAAACUAAUAUAAUUUUUUGUCUAGAUUAACAUCUUUAAAAGACUUUUAGGAUUUUUAGAAUUAUGGAGAUAGAACAUUAGCAAAUUUUAUAGUAUGGUAAAGGUAGAGAAUUUUAGAGAGUUGAGAUUGCAUGUACUCAUGCACCUCCAUUUUAUAUGUCAAUGAUAGUUGGAGGGAAACAUUUACAUUAUCCAGGAUUAUAAGGCUAAUUUGCUAAUAUAUUUUAUGAUAUAGAAGCACCUGCAUUAAUUGAUAAUGAAUAAGAAUUGUUCAAUUUAGUAGAGACAAUGUCAUUUAUGCCAUAAGGAUUAAAGACAUAUCAUGAAGAAAUGAUAGUUGGGCCACCAGUAGAUAUGGAUGGAAAUACUAAUUGUAAUUAUGAAAAAGGAUUUAAGGAUUCAUUUAUAUAUGAACAUUAUGCAAUAGCAGGUUGGUUUAGAUGGGUUGAUAAUUUAGAUGUGAGAGAAUUGAAUUCAUUUUAAAUUAUGAAUUUAAGAUCUAAUAAAUAAAGAAUUAAAGAUAAAAGACAAUUAGGAGAUAGAGCACUUGAAAUACAUUUUAUUAGAGGAUUAUCAAAUGUAGGAUUAAAUUUUCAUACUUAUUCUGUAUCUGGAAAUGAAGGUAAAGGAAAUGAAAUCAUUGUAAAAUCAGUACCAUAUUCAACAAAUGUUUGGACAUAUGUUUAUUUUGGAUUUAAUUAAGAAGAAAAAAAAGCAUAGGGCUUAAUGAUUACAGUAGGAGUAAAUGAAGAAGUAUUUUUUGAAGGACUUGAACAUAAAAAUACUAAUUCAUUAUAUUUCACCUUAGGAGGAGAUUAGACUGUAGCUUCAUUUAAUGGUAAAGUAUCUUAAGUUGGAGUUUAUUUGGGACCUGAAAGUUAUACAAAAUCUAAAAAAUUAGAUUAUAAUUUUGGAUAUGGAGAAGGAGCUGUUAGAUUAUUUUAAUUAGUUAAACCAUUAAUUUUUAGAGGUUAAUAAGAUUAAUAUGAGAUAUCAUAUGAGUAGAAAGAUUCUUUAAUCAAUUAGAUCCUAAUUUAAGAUGAUAGUAGUAUUAAAAUUAAUGGAUUAAGUGAAUAUUCUAUAGGAUUAUGGACAUGUUGGUUAAGUAGUCUCCCUAAAUUUAUUGCAACUAGAAGUGAACUUCAUUAAAUUGCUAGAAUGGGAACACUAAGUAAGUUAAUAGAAUUAAAAAAUAAUAAGUUAAUCUAAAGUGUUAAUGGAUAAGUUAAUAAUGAUAUUAAAGACACAACACUUCAAAUCAGAUUGGCUAAAUAAGAAUAUGAAUUUUCCACUUAUAAUUUAAUUUCUAAUGAUAUUAAAAAAGCUAUGAUACCUUUAGAUUCACAAUUGGAAGGAUCUUGGAAUUAUUUAUCCUUUUCUUAUAAAAGAAUGAACAAUAACAUUGGUUUAGCUAAAGGAUAUGUUUAAUUUGGUAUUGGAGGAUAAGUUAAAGAAUGUUCUAUUGAAGUCUUACAUGAUUACAUUUUAGAAUAUGUUGAAUUAAAUCUUGGAAAAUCAAAUAUUCCUCAAUUCAAUGGUAAAUUAGCUAAUGUUUAGAUGAGAUUAGGAAAUGGAGCAUUCCUUGUUGAUCUUGCAUAAUAUUAAUCAUUUUAAUAAUUAGAAAAACCACUAUAAGGAAUUACAUCAGCUGUUCGUAAAAGUAUUUAAUUACUUGGUCAAGAAACAGAUAUGAUUAAAGUUUAAGAAAAUUAAAAUGUAUUUGAGUAUUCACAAUAUUCUGGAGUAAAUGAAUAUGCUUUAUCUGGAUGGGUAAAAUGGGGAGGAGAUUAAAAAUAAGGAGGAUUGUAUAGUGUAUUAAUGAUGGUUUAGAAGAAGUAAUAAGAUAUCAAACAAGGACAGAGUGAUAGUCAAUUGUAUAUAUAAAGAACAGAUAAAGAUUUUAUUUUUGGAACUUAUAAUUGUAAUGGAGAAGAUUGUUCAUAAUCUUAGGAGAAGAAUAUCGAAUUUAAUGAGUAUUAUAAUUAAUGGACAUUUAUUUAUAUAGGUUAUACUUAGAAAUAGAAAAAGUUAUUUGGACUAUGCAAAUUCACUUUUAAUUAAUAAUAGUAGACAUUUUAGGAGAUAAAUAGAAUAUUAUUGUCAACAUUUACUGUAUUUUUAGGGAAGAGGUAUUAAUUAGCAAAUCAAUGGUUGGGUUAGAUGAAAUAAUGGGUAUUGAAUGUAGGAGAUGGUUCAUAUUUAGAAAGUGGAUAUGAAUAAAGUGAAACAGUAGAAUUAAAUUUUGGAUUUAAUAGUGGAACAGAUCAUUUGAAAUUAUAGACAACGAAUUAAGAAAUAGAUCAUAGUGAUAAAAUAAUAGAUUCAUAAGCAGAUAAAUAAAAUAUUCCAUGGAUGAUUGAAUUAAAUGAAUAAUCAGAUGUUAAAAUAGAAGGAGUAAGUUCAUAUGGUUAUGGAAUGUGGAUAAGAUUUAGAUAUUAUGGCUCUAGUAUUUUAUAUAGUUAACCUAAAUGGAUGGGAUUGAGUAGAUUAACAACAAAUAGAGAAUAUCGAGAUGCAGAUGCAGUUGGUGAUAGAGUUUUGAUGAUUCUAUUUGGUAAAGGAGAAGAUGAAAAAUCAUAAGGUAUUUUUUAAUUUUCAACUUAUACUAUUGGAUAACCAAACAUUUUUAGUAAUCUCUAAUAUCAAAUGGAAUUUGAAUCUGAAUGGCUUUACAUCUAUUACAGUUAUAAGCGUAUCUCUCAAACUUAAGGAGUAGCUAUUGGAUAUACAGGAAGAAUGGAUGUUGUAGAUGAACUUAAAAUAGAUGCAUUACAUAAUCCAAUUAGUAAUUAUAUUCAACUUACAAUUGGUCAUAGUGGUAAAUACUAUCCAAACUUUAAUGGAUAGUUGACUGGAAUUAAAUUUAGAUUAGGUAUGGGUGCAUAUAUUGAUAAUAAAAGCGAUAUUUUAUAAAGAAUGAAGAACACAGAUUUAAUGCCUUCUCUACCGUACGAUGUUUCUCAUAAAUAUACAAUUAUUGAUGGAAAAAUUGAUAAUUAUAAAGUUAUUCCAAAUAAUCCUUAAAUGAUUGAUUUCCCAGCUAAUGAAUAUUCCUUGGCUUUAUGGUAUAAAUAAUUCCAAAAUAUUAAUGACAAUAAAGAAACUAUUGUUAGAGUUACUCAAAAUCCUAUUGGUAAAGUAUCUGAUUCCUCUUGGAUUGGUGACAGAACUCUUGCCUUCUUCAAAAUUAAUAAGGAUAAUAUGGAAUUCUCUACAUACACUCUAUUAAAAGGUAUGAACUUUGGAAUCCCAUAUAAUUGUUAAAUACCAGAAUUAAGUUAACACCAUUGGUCAUUCAUUUAUAUGGGAUAUAGCAAAACUAAAUCUAAGUUUUAUUAUUAUCUCUCUGUUGAUGAAUACUUAUGUAAAAGUGAAGAAAUUAUAUUACAUGCUAUUAGUGAUAGACUCUGGAUCUAUGUUGGUAGUGAUAAUAUUUAACAAAGAUUUGAAGGUAAUCUAGCUUAAAUUGCACUCACUAUUGGUCCAGGAUCUUAUACUAAUACUAAAAUACCAUUUUUAGCUGAAUAUCUUGUUGCUGAUAAACUAUUCCCUAAAUAAAAAAAAAUUACUUGGGAAAAAAAUGAAUAAGUUAGCUUAACAUCAGAUGGUGAUGAAACUAUUAGUUCUCUCAAAAUUGAGUUAUUUAAUGGAUUUUAAUAUCCAUUUGAUUAAAUGACAGAAUAUGCGUAUGGUAUGUGGACUCGAUAUCUCACUACUAUUCCAACAAGAUAACUUUAAAAGCCAGCUUUAAUGUAAUUAGCAAGAUUGUCAAUCAAUAAAUAAACAAGAGAGGGUGUAAUACAAACAGGAGAUCGUGUUCUGGCUACUCAUAUAGUUUUUAAUUAUUAUUAAUUGUCUACUUAUGAUUUGAAUAGUGAAAGUGGAAUAUAACAAAAGUUUAUGAAAUACAAUCAAUUAGAAGGAGUUUGGAGAUAUAUUUAUAUGGGUUACAGUAAGGAAAUAGAGACUGUUUCAUGUUAUACUUUUGAUGUAGCAAUAGCAGAAAUGAAAAUAGAUAAGAUUUUACAUAAACCAUUAACUGAUUAUUUAUUAUUUAGAAUAGGAAAGGAAGAUUCAAUUGUAGGUUUUUAAGGAAGCAUAACAAAAAUAAUGGUAUCAUUAGGUCCAGGUUCAUAUAUUAGACAAUAGGAUUAAUUCAAAUCAUAAAUAGAAACAACAUUUUCAUUGCCAUUUUAAUUGACAUAAGAAUACACAGAUAAAGAAAAGCAUGGUAAAUUUGAGAUAAUAGAAGAUGUUAAUUAGAUUGAUAUAACAAAUGGUAUUUAAUUUGAAGGGAAUAAAUGGAGUGGUGUUAGUGAAUAUGCAUUUAGUGGAUGGAUUAAAUCAACAGGAACUGGUGUUACUGAUUGUUAAUUAUUAUUAAGAUUGACAAAUAAUAAUGUUGAAAUUUUGAAUGAUAGAAAAUCAUAGGGAGAUAGAACUUUGCAUGUAACAAUAUGUAAUACAUAAUUAAUAAAGUAUUCAACUUACACACUUGUAGAUUUAAAAGAUGCAAAUGAACCUAAAUUUUUGGAUGGUUAAUUAGAGUUGAAUGAUUAUAAUAAUGCUUGGAAUUAUAUAUAUAUGGGUUACAAUUAGAGAACUAGUGAGGUUCAUUGUAUAUUACAUACAUUAGUUGAAGAUAAACCAAUAAUAUGGGAAUAAGUGUAACAUUAUGUACCAAAUUACUUAGGGUUGUAUAUAGGAUAAGAUAAGUUUACGAAUAAAUUUAUAGGUUAGAUGAAUAAAUGGACAGCAGCAUAUGGUUUAGGUGGAUUUGUUAGUGUUAAUAAAAAUGGUUAUUAAUAAUUGCUUCCUUAUUAUGGUUUAGUUUAGGCUAAUAAAUAAUUUUAAUGGAGUUCAAAUAAGGAUAGUGUUAUAUAGACUCCAGAGUUGAUAGUAUAAGAAUUUAGGGAUGAAAUAGAUUCAAUAACUGAAUAUGCAGUAGGUAUAUGGACAAGAUGGUUAACAGAUUUUCCAGAUCAUUUAGUAGAGAGAAAGGAUUCACAUUCUAUAUUUAGAUUGACAGCUAAAAGAGAACAUUAAGACAAAUCAUAAAUUUAGGAUAGAGUGUUAAGUGCAUUUUUAUAAAAGGGAUCAUAUGAUUUUAGUAGUUAUGAUAUUACAACAAAUAAUUUUGGAGCCAAUAGUUUGGUUGCCUACGAUUAGAUUGAAGGAUCAUGGAAUUUCAUAUAUAUGGGAUAUAAAGAUGGAUAAACAGUAGGUAUAAUAAUUAUAAGAGAUACAGCAAAGGCAUUAAAAGUAGAAUUCGCAACAAAACAUAUACCAUUAGUAGGAUAUGCUAAAUUAUUGAUAGGUGUUUCUGAAUUUGGACAUGGUUAAUUUCAUGGUUGGCUUUAUGAUCCUCGUUUAUAUUUAGGAUAAGGAAGUUUUAUUAAUGAAAGUUAGAAAGUAGUAGAUUUACUAUAGAAAAUUCAUCGUAAACUUCCAUUACCUGUUGUUGAUUUAGCUGAUUUUAAAUGGACAAUACCAUAAAUGGAUACAACUGAAAAUAUUAAGACUGAUUUUAUAGAUUAUAAAUUUAUGGAUAAAUAAGAAUCUGUUGAAUAUUCAUAUGGAAUGUGGAUUUAAUAAUCUCCAUUAUUACCAGGCAUGGCAACUAUUCCUAGAUUGAUAGCAAGAUUAACAACUAAUCAUCCAUAAUUUAUGAAAGAUUAAUAAUUAGGGGAUAGAACAUUGCUUAUUAGUAUAUUAAAUGAUAAAUUAAGUUAUGAUACAUAUAAAUUACUUGAUACUCCAUUAUUUGAAUUAAAAGUAGAAGAAAUAUAAAUUGAAUAAUUGUAAUGGACUUACGUAUUUUUUUAAUACAAAAAAGGAAAUGCUUUAGCUUAUGCUUUAUAAGUUAAAUAAGCUUAAUAAUAAAAAAUAGAUGCUCUUCAUGUAAUUCCUAAUGUGUUUUAUUUCUAUAUUAUAAAAGAUUAGAAUUUCGCAGAAUUUUAUGUAUAAUCAUUAUUGAUUAUUAUAGGGUAAAGUCAGCGAUGUGAAAGCUUACUUUGGUUCAAGCAGUUAUUUCGAUGAUCCAUAAGUUACUAUAGAGAAAUGGCCAUUUGAUAAAAAAUAUUUAUAACCAGUCUCUGAACCACCUAUUAAUAAUCAACAAAUUACAUCAGCUAAAAUAUCUAGAAAUAUGGAUAUCAAAAAUGAAAAAUACAUUGGAGAUUAUUGA